CCAUUCAGUUGAAUUUUGGACUCGACAGACUUCGGAUCGAAGCUUUAAGUGGGAUCCGCGGCUGCAUUUGGAUGUGAAUUUGAAUUUGGCUUGGGAAACUGAAAGCUGGACGUCUUCACCUGAUUUCAUAAGUGUUUAUACCUUGGCAAUUUCCCUUUCUGCUCGAAAGAAAUAACUAAGAUGAUUGGGCAACAUGUGAGGGUGCAUCUUCUGUUGCUUCUUUGCACCAUGAUGCACUGCAUCGCCGCCACGCCCAUCGCUCCUGCCACGCCCGACGGCGCCACGCCCAUUGACGCCCGCGUCUCGGCCGCCGAAUUUGGAGCCCAAGAUGCCUUUGAUGCCGCCGACAGCUCAGCGGAAUCCACGCAAGCGGAGGCCAGCGAAGCCGGGUUCAAGAUCUCACUAUUGCCAACUCCGGCUAAAACGGCGGAGUCUGUGAAUCUGGAGCAGGAGGCCAUUCCCUCGAAGGUGUUAAGUGUGUACGACAAUAGCCAGAAGAAGUUGGCCGAUUUGGUCCAGCCCGUUCCCAUUUUGGAUACGAUCAGUGAGCACGAAAAGUACGGCAACAAUGGCGACAUGUUCGACGGCAUCUCGCGAUCCAUUGUCAACGGUUACGAGGCCUUUUCCAACCUGCUCAACACCUUCAUACAGAAACCCAAAGAGCUGGCGCGCAGCGUUACGAAGGGAAUUACCGCUCAAUUGGAUAUUAUCGGUGGCAAACUGGUGGGCCUUUAACGGCACUCCAUUAUAAACCAUCAUAAAUGCUUUUUGUUUGUAAUUUAAAUAAAUACUUUAAUUUAUUUGUAACUUAA